GACAAGCACCACGAUGCUGCUCACGAGAUCAUCGAGACCAUCCGGUGGGUCUGCGAGGAGAUCCCGGAUCUUAAACUCGCCAUGGAGAACUACGUCCUGAUCGACUACGACACCAAGAGCUUCGAGAGCAUGCAGCGGCUCUGUGACAAGUACAACCGGGCCAUCGACAGCAUCCACCAGCUGUGGAAGGGCACCACGCAGCCCAUGAAGCUGAACACGAGGCCGUCCACCGGGCUGCUGCGGCACGUCCUGCAGCAGGUGUACAACCACUCGGUCACCGACCCCGAGAAACUCAACAACUACGAGCCCUUCUCCCCCGAGGUCUAUGGCGAGACCUCCUUCGACCUGGUGGCCCAGAUGAUCGACGAGAUCAAGAUGACCGAGGACGACCUCUUCGUGGACCUGGGCAGCGGUGUGGGCCAGGUCGUGCUCCAGGUUGCUGCCGCCACCAACUGCAGACACCACUACGGCGUCGAGAAAGCCGACAUCCCAGCCAAGUACGCGGAGACCAUGGACCGCGAAUUCAGGAAGUGGAUGAAAUGGUAUGGAAAAAAGCAUGCAGAAUACACACUGGAAAGAGGUGACUUCCUCUCCGAGGAGUGGCGGGAGCGGAUCGCCAACACAAGUGUUAUCUUUGUGAAUAACUUUGCCUUUGGUCCUGAGGUGGAUCACCAGCUGAAGGAGCGCUUCGCAAACAUGAAGGAGGGUGGCAGAAUCGUGUCCUCGAAACCCUUUGCACCUCUAAACUUCAGGAUAAACAGCCGGAACUUGAGUGACAUUGGCACCAUCAUGCGUGUGGUGGAGCUGUCGCCCCUGAAGGGCUCCGUGUCGUGGACGGGGAAGCCGGUCUCCUACUACCUGCACACCAUCGACCGCACCAUACUUGAAAACUAUUUUUCUAGUCUGAAAAACCCAAAACUCAGGGAGGAACAAGAGGCGGCCCGGCGCCGGCAGCAGCGGGAGAGCAAGAGCAACGCCACCACUCCGACCAAGGUCCCCGAGAGCCGGGUGGCCGGCCCCGUGGACGCCCCCGUGGAUUCUGGUGCUGAGGACGACAAGGCGGGAGCGACCACCGUCAAGAAGCCGUCUCCCUCCAAAGCUCGCAAGAAGAAGCUGAACAAGAAGGGGAGGAAGCUGGCUGGCCGGAAGCGCGGGCGCCCGAAGAAGCUGAGCACCGCGAACCCCGAGCGCAAGCCCAAGAAGAGCCAAGCUGCACUGGAGCUGCUGCACGCACAGACGGUGUCCCAGACGGCCCCCUCCUCGCCCCAGGACGCCUACAGGUCCCCGCACAGCCCGUUCUACCAGCUACCUCCGAGCGCACCACGGCCGUGCCCCACCCCACUGCUGGCGGCGCCCACCCCACCUGCACUGCAGAAGCUGCUAGAGUCCUUUAAGAUCCAGUACCUGCAGUUCCUGGCCUACACCAAGACCCCCCAGUACAGAGCCAACCUGCAGCAGCUGCUGGACCAGGAGAAGCUCAAGGCUCGGUGCGAGGAGCUGAGGCUGGACUGGUCCACGCUGUCCCUGGAGAGCCUGCUGAAGGAGAAGCAGGCCCUGAAGAGCCAGAUCUCCGAGAAGCAGCGUCACUGCCUGGAGCUGCAGAUCAGCAUCGUGGAGCUCGAGAAGAGCCAGCGGCAGCAGGAGCUGCUGCAGCUCAGGUCCUGCGUGCCGCCCGACGAUGGGCUGGUGCCGCCCCCGCGCGGGAAGGGUGCCUUGGGCCGCGAGCUGGAGGCCGAGGCGGGCCGGCUGCACCUGGAGCUGGACUGCGCCAAGUUCUCCCUGCCACCCUUCAGCGUGAGCCCCGAGCUGUCCAUGAACGGCCACGGGGCGGGCUACGAGCUGGGCGGCCCGCUGAGCCGGCCGGCGUCCAAGCAGAGCACCCCGCAGUACCUGGCCUCCCCGCCCGACCAGGAGGUGGUGCCCUGCACGCCCAGCCACCCCUGCGGGUGCUGGCAAGACGGGAACCGGCGAGCUCCACUCUCGAGCUGAGCACGCCAAGGAGAACGGCCUCACCUACCAGAGCCCCGGCGUGCCGAGUGUGAAGCUGAGCCCUCAGGACCCGCGGCCCCCGUCCCCAGGGCCCACGCAGGCUGCAGGGGAGAAGGGCGGUGAGAAGGCCCAUCACCAGCUUGCCCAUCAGCAUCCCGCUCAGCACCGUGCAGCCCAACAAGCUCCCGGUCAGCAUUCCCCUGGCUAGCGUGGUUCUGCCCAGCCGCGCCGAGAAGCUGAGGAGCACGCCCAGCCCCGUGCCGCAGCCCCGAGACUCAUCUGCGCUCGAGAAACCGGGCGGCGCUAAUGCCCAUGGGGCCGGGAGCAAGAGCUUGGCCGCGGCCCCCGCAGCCGCGGCUGCCAGCGCCAGGCAGUCACCCUCCAGCAAGCACAGCCCUCUGCCCUCGGGAGCCCGAGGGGACUGUGGUCAGGGCUACGGGCAGGACAGCCGCAAGCGGGGCCGCAGGAAGAGGGCGUCGGCCGGGACACCGAGCCUGAGCACAGGCGUGUCUCCCAAGCGCCGUGCCCUGCCAGCUGUCGCCGGGCUCUUCACGCAGUCCUCGGGGUCGCCCCUCAACCUCUCCUCCAUGGUCAGCACCAUCAACCAGCCCCUGGAGAUCACGGCGAUCUCCUCCCCCGAGGACUCACGGAAGAGCUCCCCUGUGCCCUGCCAGGACCACGACCAGCCGCCUGUGCUCAAGAAGGAGCGGCCCCUGAGCCAGGCCAACGGGGCGCACUACUCCCCGCUGACCUCCGACGAGGAGCCGGGCUCCGAGGACGAGCCCAGCAGUGCCCGAAUUGAAAGGAAAAUCGCGACGAUUUCCUUGGAGAGCAAGUCUCCCCCGAAGACCUUGGAGACUGGGGGUGGCAUGGCGGGCCGGAGGCCGACACCCGCCAGCGAGCCUGUCGUCAGCAGCAAGUGGAAGUCCACCUUCUCGCCCAUCUCCGACGUCGGCCCGGCCAAGCCCGCGGACGGCCCUCUGCAGGCCCCCACCCUGGGCCAGGCCUCCCUGCUCGCCUUCCGGCCCACCCUGGACGAGCCGGCGGCCGCGGAGGCCAAGCUCGUCGCGCACCCCAGGAAGAGCUUUCCCGGCGCCUUGGCGGGGGCCGACGGGCUCAGCCCCGGCACCAACCGCAACGGCUUGGCCUUCGGCGGCGGUCUGGCCGCGGACCUCAGUUUACACAGCUUCAACGAUGGUGCUCCCCUCCCCCUCCGGGUCCCCGAGGCCUCGCUCAGCUUCCCCGCCCCGCGGGGCAGGGAGGGCCCCUCGGAAGCCAACCCCUUUCUGAACAAGCGGCAGCUGGACGGCCUGUGCGGCCUGAAGGCCGAGGCGGGCAAGGGCAGGGAGGCGGCCGGCGACUUCAGGAGCGGCCGCAACCUCUUCAUCUCCGCCGCCGCCGUGCCCUCCGGGGGCCUCCUGGGCGGCCCUGGCCUGGCCACAGCGGCGUCGUCCGCGGGCAGCACGCCGCCCUCCGCACAGACGCACCGGCCUUUCCUGGGUGCCUUUCCGCCUGGACCGCAGUUCUCCCUGGGGCCCGUGUCCCUGCAGGCCAACCUCAGCUCUGUGGCCGGCUCGUCGGUGCUGCAGUCCCUGUUCAGCACCGUGCCGGCCGCCGCGGGCCUGGCGCCCGCCACCUCUGCCACGACCCAGGACGGAAGGACGCGGCCUCUACUGUGAACGGCGGCGCUCCCGGAGGCGCCGGGCUGGCCCAGCUGUACUGUCCAUAGUCUUAGAUAAAGUAUUUAUCGUUUUUAAAGAG